UCUGGUCUCCCCGCGGCGCUGCGGCUCCCCCACUGCCCGGGGCACGGGCGGCUCCCGGAGCGGAGCCCGUGGAACUGGGACCCGGUGGCGCGGAAAUCGAGGCCGGGGAUCCAGCGCGGCCUGCUGCGGGGUCCUGUUUCUCCCCCCGCUCCGAGCCCGGCCCGGCUCCUGCUCUGUGUGUCUCUGCUGGGCUCGGUCGGACACGGCGGGGGGAGUUAGAAUGGAACAGACUGACGGCCCUAUGAGAGAAAGGGAAAGCUAAGGAUGCUGGAGCAGAACAAUGGAUUUCUCUUUCUCUUUCAUGCAAGGGAUCAUGGGAAACACAAUUCAGCAACCACCUCAGCUCAUUGACUCAGCCAACAUCCGCCAGGAGGAUGCCUUUGAUGCCAGCAGUGACAUCGCUGAAGAUGGUGGUCAGACACCAUAUGAAACUGCCCUGCAGCAAGGCUUUCAGUACCCUACUCCAACGACAGAGGAUCUUCCACCGAUCACUAAUGGCUAUCCACCAACAAUCAAUAUGUAUGAACCUCAAGCCAAAUACCAGACAUACAGUCAGUAUCCCAAUGGUUCAGCCAAUGGCUUUGGUGCAGUUAGAAACUUUAGCCCCCCAGAGUAUUACCAAAUGGAAAACUCUAACGUGAGGCCACAUGAAGUUCUGGAAAAACCUUCCCCUCCACAACCCCCACCGCCACCACCUCCUUCAGUACCACAAACGGUGAUUCCAAAGAAGACUGGUUCACCAGAAAUCAAAUUAAAAAUAACCAAAACUAUCCAGAAUGGCAGGGAAUUGUUCGAGUCCUCUCUAUGUGGGGACCUUUUGAAUGAAGUACAGGCAAGUGAGUAUGCUAAGAUGAAACAUGAAGGGAGAAAGGAGAAAAGGAAAAAAAGUAGCAAGCAUGACUCUUCCCGAUCAGAAGAACGCAAGUCAUACAAAAUUCCAAAACUAGAACCAGAGGAACAAAAUAGACCAAAUGAGAGGCUUAGUGUGCUAUCAGAAAGACCAAGAGAAGAUAUACUGUUGGAGGAAACCCCGGUCCAGCAGUUCUCACCUUCUCUUCCAACGCAAGUUACAACAGACAUCAAGUUUCAGGUUGGCGAUCUAGUCUGGUCCAAGGUGGGAACUUAUCCUUGGUGGCCUUGCAUGGUUUCAAGUGAUCCACAGCUUGAGGUUCAUACCAAAAUUAAUACAAGAGGUGCCCGUGAAUACCAUGUUCAGUUUUUUAGCAACCAGCCUGAGAGGGCAUGGGUGCAUGAGAAGCGGGUUCGAGAGUAUAAAGGACAUAAACAGUAUGAACAAUUAUUGGCAGAAGCUACUAAGCAAGCCAGCAAUCACUCUGAGAAACAGAAGAUUCGUAAGCCAAGGCCACAAAGAGAGCGUGCUCAGUGGGAUAUUGGUAUUGCCCAUGCCGAGAAAGCAUUGAAAAUGACUCGGGAAGAAAGGAUAGAACAGUAUACCUUCAUUUAUAUAGACAAGGAGCCAGAGGAGGCUUUGUCCAAAGCCAAAAAGACUGCUGCCCCUAAAUCAGAGGCUAAAAAGAACCGUCGGCCUAAGCCAGCAUUGAACGCUCAGCCAGAACAGACCAAUGUGGUAUCGGCAUCCCCCUCAUUAUCAAAUACUGAGGUGCGAAGGCAAAGUCAAAGGAGGCAGUCAAGUGUGGAAGAAGAGGAGCCACCGCCUGUGAAAAUAGCCUGGAAAACAGCUGCAGCCAGAAAAUCCUUACCAGCUUCAAUAACCAUGCAUAAAGGGAGUUUGGAUCUUCAGAAAUGUAACAUGUCUCCAGUUGUUAAAAUUGAACAAGUUUUUGCCCUACAGAAUGCUGCUGGGGAUGGAAAAUUCAUCGAUCAGUUUGUUUACUCUACCAAGGGAGUUGGUAACAAAACUGAAAUAAGUGUCAAGGGACAAGACAAGCUUAUUUCUACAUCAAACCAGAAAAAUGAGAGAGCCACUGCGCAAAAUGCAUCCUCACCUGAAACAACUUCUGGGUCAACAGGUUCUGUAGAAAAGAAGCAACAGAGAAGAUCGAUUCGAACCCGCUCAGAGUCUGAGAAAUCCACUGAAGUUGUGCCAAAGAAGAAGAUCAAAAAGGAGCAGGUAGAAAUGGUUCCACAGACAGCAGUGAAGACUGGAUUACAGAAAGGUGCCAGCGAGAUUUCAGAUUCUUGUAAACCUCUAAAGAAAAGGAGUCGUGCCUCAACUGAUGUAGAACUGACUAGUUCAGCAUACAGAGACACAUCUGACUCUGAUUCAAGAGGACUUAAUGAUCUGCAGGGUAGCUUUGGAAAACAUUCAGACAGCCCAUCAGCUACUGCAGAUGCUGAUGCUUCUGAUGUACAAUCAGUAGACUCUAGCUUAUCAAGAAGAGGCACAGGAACAAAUAAGAAGGAUACUGUUUGUCAGAUCUGUGAAAGCUCUGGUGAGUCUCUGGUGUCAUGCGAAGCAGAGUGCUGUAGAGUCUUCCAUAUGGAAUGCCUGGGACUGAAAUCAAUACCUGAUGGGAAGUUCAUCUGCAUGGAGUGUAAAAAUGGACAGCACACAUGCUUUUCCUGCAAGCUUCCUGGUAAAGAUGUGAAGCGCUGUUCAGUCAAUGCUUGUGGUAAAUUUUAUCAUGAAGCCUGUGUUCGUAAGUUUGCCACUGCAGUCUUCGAGUCACGAGGAUUCCGUUGCCCGCAGCAUUGCUGUACUGCCUGCUCAAUGGAUAAGGAUAUCCACAAAGCAAGUAAAGGACGCAUGGUGAGAUGUUUGAGAUGUCCAGUUGCCUAUCACUCAGGAGAUGGCUGUAUUGCUGCAGGAAGCUUGUUUGUGUCAUCUCACAUUCUCAUCUGUAGCAACCAUUCCAAAAGGAAUCACUCUUCAUCAGCUGUAAAUGUAGGCUUUUGUUUCGUUUGUGCAAGAGGGCUGGUAGUGCAGGAUCAUUCAGACCCCCUGUUCAGUUCAUAUGCCUAUAAGUCCCACUACCUACUGAAUGAAUCAAAUCGUGCUGAGUUGAUGAAAUUACCUAUGAUUCCUCCUCCUUCGUCAGCUUCCAAAAAGAAAUGUGAGAAAGGUGGGAAGUUAUUGUGCUGCGAGUCCUGUCCAGCGUCCUUCCACCCUGAAUGUCUCAACAUAGAGAUGCCAGAAGGAUGUUGGAAUUGCAAUGACUGUAAAGCUGGCAAGAAACUACGUUACAAGCAGAUCGUUUGGGUCAAGCUUGGAAAUUACAGGUGGUGGCCAGCUGAGAUCUGCAAUCCCAGGUCUGUGCCUCUCAACAUACAGGGCCUCAAACAUGAUAUCGGGGACUUCCCAGUAUUUUUCUUUGGUUCACAUGACUACUAUUGGGUACACCAGGGCAGAGUUUUCCCUUAUGUUGAAGGAGAUAAAAGCUUUGCUGAGGGGCAAACUAGUAUUAACAAGACCUUCAAGAAAGCACUUGAAGAAGCUGCAAAACGCUUCCAGGAACUGAAAGCACAAAGAGAAAGCAAAGAAGCACUAGAGAUUGAAAGGAAUUCAAGAAAACCCCCACCUUACAAACAUAUUAAAUCCAACAAGGUAAUAGGGAAAGUUCAGAUUCAAGUUGCUGAUUUGUCAGAAAUCCCUCGCUGUAAUUGCAAGCCAUCUGAUGAGAACCCCUGUGGCCUAGAGUCAGAGUGUCUGAACAGGAUGCUACAGUAUGAGUGUCAUCCCCAAGUGUGCCCAGCAGGAGAGCGCUGUCAAAACCAGUGCUUCACCAAAAGACUCUAUCCAGAUGCUGAAAUCAUAAAAACCGAUCGACGUGGCUGGGGUCUCAGGACAAAAAGGAACGUUAAAAAGGCUUCGUUGUUUCUGAACAAGGAGGAGGCUGAGCACACCUGAAGAAUGGAAGAUCCAGCUAUGACUGCAGAUGGAAUGGACAAUUAAGACUUCAGGACAAGUUGUUGUUUUUAUCAUUUGACCUGCAUCCUCAGAGUUCACUCCAGAGCACUAUUUUGCUUUCAAUUGGCUUCAUAUUUUCUUCACUUUGAAUUUGCACACAUCUUGCUAAAGAAGGUAUCCUGGAACUUCAUAGCGAAGGCACAUUCCACGGUUCUGGUGGACUUAAACUCGAUGUAAGGUCUUCACUGCGAUUCUCUGUUAAAUGAAGCUGACUGCUGUCCAGACUGAGGAUUCUGAUGUGACGUUUUGGAUUGUAGCUGGACGUGAUUUGUGCGCUGUUGGAUGAUGAUGUGUUUUGCUCCAAAAUGUAAUCUAAACAGUUAGACAAAAGCAAAGAGAUUCUGAAUUGUUUUUCAUCCUUAAGUUAUAUGCUGCUUAAAUAUUACACGUAGAUAGUAGAGGAUUAUCUACUAGUCUGAAGUGACCCUGCAGUACCCAGGCAAAUGGGCUUGGGCAAAGGCAUAGUAGCAACUUUUAACUGUGAAUUCUUUGCUUUUGUCAGUUCUAAUUAGGGUCUCUACCUUGUAUUUGUUUAGUAACUUAGUUUACUGUACAUAGAAAUAUGGCAUAGAGAAAUGUUGUGCGGGGCCUAAAUGGAUAUGUCAAGUAUUCACUUACCUGUGGCAAUAUCAGAAGUGUGUGAACAAACCAGUUUCAAAUCUGUGUUUCUAACCACUGCUUCAGCUGAAACUAUAAACCUUUGAUUGGACUUGGGACAGUUCUACUCAUGGGUACUUAAAUAACUUACUAACAAGUAACUAGAGGAAACCAGAGUAAAUUGACAGAGAAUACAUUUUAACUCUCUUCAGUUUCUUUCUGCACCAAGUACACCUCUACCCCGAUAUAACACUGUCCUCAGGAGCCAAAAAAUCUUACCGCGUUAUAAG